AUGAGUGGGCAUUAUGUACCAAGGCUGAAACCUCUAUUAGUUGUCACUGUUGCAGUGAUAGCGUCACCACUGCUGUGGGGGGUUGAGGCUGCAACGGAUCAAGAGGAAAAGGCGGAGGAGGUGCAGUGGGUAUAUUUAAUUGCGGCUGACAGUGUGCUACUUCUCUUUGCCGCCCUCUUCGCCGGGCUGACGCUCGCCAUCAUGGGCCUUGACACACUUUCACUCGAGAUCAUCGCCGAUAGCGGCUCCGAGCCAGACAAAACAUACGCCAGUAAAAUUUUGCCCAUCCGCCGACUAGGCAACCAGCUGCUCUGCACCCUGAUUCUCGGUAAUGUGAUGGUUAACACACUGAUUGCGCAGAUUACGGACUCGCACAUCCACGGCUGGGUGGCGACCGUUGUGUCGACGGCACUGACAACAGUUGGAGGUGAAGUCCUGCCACAAGCUCUCAUGUCCGCUCACGCGCUUCAGGUGGGGUCCAAGAGUGUUCCUAUUGUGAAGUUGUUUGUGGUGCUCUUCUACCCUGUCUGCAAGCCUCUCAGCGUAGUCCUCGACCGGUUCAUCGGCACUGACCCCGGACAGAUAUACGAGCGCAACGAGCUAAAAAAACUCAUGUUCAUGCACGCCGCACGAGGCUCGGAGUCGGGUCUUGGCGAGCGGGAGGUCGACCUCAUGGUAGGUGCGAUGGAGCUGCACGAGAAGACCGUGAUGGAUGUUGUGACGCCUAUUUCGGAGGUACUCAUGCUCGAGGCGAGUGAACCGUUGAGUGAAGAGGUCAUUCAGCUCAUCUCCGAACGUGGUCACAGCCGCAUUCCUGUUUAUCAAACGAGCAAAAACAACAUCAUUGGUGUUCUCUUUGCAAAAGAUCUCUUAAUGAUAGACCCACGCGAAAACACACCCGUAUGGCUGCUGGUGAAAUUCUACAACAGGCGUUGCCACGUGGUGCCUUCCGAGACGAAACUCAUUUCUAUGCUUAAGUACUUCCAGACAGGGAGGUCGCAUAUAGCGUUAGUGCAAGAAGUGCAACAAAGGCCGUUUGGUGAUCCCUAUUACGAGGUGAAAGGUCUCGUCACUAUGGAGGACGUUAUUGAGGAGCUCAUCCACAGCGAAAUAUUCGAUGAGUAUGACAUUGGUCCGCAGAUCUCCACGCCUGCACCGCAUGGUCCUCCCAAAAGACAGAUUGGGCUCACCCCGAAGUGUGCGCGUCGGGUCAAUAUGAGCCCUAACCAGCUCAAGGCAUCCACGUUGUUCCUCUGCGAGUCACUGCCCGACCUCAACCGUCACAUGCGUGAAGCACACAAUCUCUUGCUUCACGCUAUCAGUCAAUACGGAAUGGUAUAUAAAGUUCGUCCUCCAACUGACGCUCGUGGUCUCGAGCAUGAUGAUAAGGCCAAUAUUUGGCUUUACCGCACGGACGUGCCGUCUGAUACAUUUACGCUGGUAAUCUCUGGUCGUGUUGAGGUGUUCGCCGGAAAGGAAGAGAUUCGGCUUGAGCUUCCAAGUUGGUCCAUCAUCGCUGCUGACGCUCUCACCAAUGAGCUGUUUAUACCAACUUUUAGCUGUCGUGUGGUGCAGGACAGCACUCUCUUGCAGAUCACCCGCGCUGGUUACCACGACAUCCUUUCGAUGGCCUGCAGCAGUUCAGGUAGCAGCAUUGGUGAAACAUAA